AUGGUAAGCGGUGUGUUUGAUCCACUGGGAUUUUUAGCUCCACUACUUCUCAAGGCCAAAAUCAUUCUGCAGGAAUUGUGCAAGCUUCAGUUUGGAUGGGAUGAUAAGAUUCCAGAUGACAUUGCUUUUCAGUGGAAUAAUUGGUAUCAGGAUCUUGAGAAAUUGAAAGACUUCAAAGUGGACAGAUGUCUUAAACCCCAUGGUUUUCAUCCACUCAUGGUACAGUUACAUCAUUUUUCUGACGCAAGUGAAACUGGUUAUGGUACAGUGUCCUACUUGUGGAUGGAAAACGCCUGUGGUGAACGUCAUUGUUCCUUUAGUAUGGGCAAAUCUCGUGUAGCACCACUGAAGCAAACAACCAUUCCGCGAUUGGAGUUGACAGCAGCUACGGUAGCAGUGAGAACCAAUAAGAUGUUACUAAGGGAGUUGAACAUUCCUGUUGAUUGUGUUACAUACUGGACUGACAGCAUGACCGUUUUACGAUAUAUACAGAACAGUACAGCAAGAUUUCAUACUUUCGUCGCUAACAGGCUAGCAGUAAUUCAUGAAGGGUCACAACCAACUGAUUGGAGAUACAUUAACACAAAGUUGAAUCCAGCUGAUCACGCAUCUAGAGGUAUCUCAGCAGAUGGCGUACUGAAACAGGAGAACUGGGUUAAAGCCCCAAACUUCCCGUUUGAACCGGAAGAUAAUUGGCCAAUGUCACCUUCACAGCUUACUAACAGAGAACUGUUGGAUAGCGACCCAGAGGUGAAAAAAGUUACUGUAAAAGCAGUUAUCACAAAAUCACAGGAAUUAAAAGAGGAUACUACAGACUGUGUGAACAAGCUGUUUCAGUAUUAUUCGUCAUGGUAUUCAUUGAAACGUAGUGUGGCCUGGAUUUUGAAAGUACGAAAAGAACUGUUAAGACGUGCUAAUGUGAAAAGACUCAAUUCUCAUGCAAUAGUGCAGGGCUAUUCGUAUGACAAGACUGUCAUUUCAUAUCAGGAUCUGAAAGAAGCAGAAAGAACUAUACUUGCUUUCAUUCAACGACAGGAAUUUCUUACAGAAAUAAAUACCCUUGAGUCAGGAAACUCUCGUGUUAGUCAUGGUAGCAGAGUCAGGAGCCUGGAUCCGUUCUUAGAUGCUGGACUUUUGCGAGUUGGUGGUCGCUUACACAAGUCAAGUUUUCCAGUGGAGAUGAAACACCAAGUGAUUUUACCAAAACAUCAUCAUGUGUCUACCUUAAUUAUCAGACAAAUUCAUCAAGACCUAUUACACAGUGGCAGAAAUCACGUUAUCUAA